CAGCCAGCAGUGUCGGUGGGAAAUGUUGGCCAACUGGCAAUGGAUCUAGUGAUUUCCACACUCAACAUGACUAAAGUUGGUUACUUCUACACGGACUGCCUGGUGCCAAUGGUUGGAAGUAAUCCAUAUGCCACAGCAGAGCAAAACUCAAUGGAGCUGAGUACCAAUGCUGAAGUGUAUUCCUCACCCUCAAAGAAACUUGUGGUUCUGCAGAUCAGAUCACCUUUUAUAAAGAACAAGUACAGGCCAUUCUGUCAAGCCCUGCUCUCUUGGGUGCAAAGCAGCAAAUGUGCCAGGGUUGUGCUCCUGUCUAGCAGCCACGCGUACCAGCGCGACGAUGAGCAGCUUCUCGGCACACCACUGCGCUACCUACUUACACCUGACCUUGAGAAAGCAGUAGGAGGCCUCAUGCAGGAGCUAAAGUGGAAAGAAAUGGAAAAAGUAGCAGCUUACCCUGGAAUAAAUGAUGCAGAAAAAGUUCUGCAUGUUCCUGGAGGUGGCAUCACAAAACUGUUGUUUACUGAGAGCUGUUCAAAGGGAAUCCAAAUGGCAGUUCUGCUGAAAUUUUGCUCAGAAGGAGACAACAUCCCUGAUGCAUUUGCUCUUGUUAACUAUCUUAAUGAAUGGCUCCAGCUAAUUAAAAGUGAAAGCAACAAUUCCACAGAUGCUCCUUCACAAUGGAAAAUACCAAGUUCUUGGCGCUUGCUUUUUGGCAAUGGCCUUCCACCUGCACUCUUCUGAUCACCUCUCAACUCUUCUGUGAGUCACCUGUGUGGGCUCAGACAUCCCUUGAGAAGGUGAUUACAUGGUAAUGGCCAAGCAACAGCUUUGUUGUCUGCAUAAAUUCUUUAUUUAAGAAAAAAAAUCCUUUCAUGUAUGGGGGUAGCUAUAGGAAUUGAGGUAACUUUCACAAAUUGACCAAAGAAGUAUGUUUUGUACAGUUGUUUAUUGAAUAACUUCAGUUGAAAGUUUUUCUAAUAAAAUAUUUUAUAAGAAA